AUGGCCAAGGAGCUGGGUAGGCUCCCACCUUCUAAGUUAACUUGAGAGAUAUUAAAUGCAUCUAUCCAUGAGUGACCUAAAGUCAUACAACAUGUGGUUACAGAGUUAAACUAACCAAUGAUAUAUGAUGAUGUCUUUAGAUGGGGGCAUCUCAGUUCUCAUGACUAUGGAAACGUUCUGGUUGGCGGUUGCACUGGCUGUGUGGGAUGAUGCCAUGUUGAGGUGUGCAGUCUCCCAAUGUUAAAAUGUGUCCACGGCAGAGCUGUGGCACUCAAAGCACUUCUCCACUGUAAGCCUGCAGGGACCUUGUGUGAACGGCCAUAUAAAUGCAGCUAACUGAGUGUGUGUAUGAGGAAGACAGAGGAGAGGAGACAAGUUUAAGAGAGGGAAUAGGGAUACUCUACUGUGUGUAUGUUUAUGGUGUGGAGAGGAGUUUCUGUGCCUGUGGUGUGUGUGUGUGUGUGUGUGUGUGCGUGUGUGUGUGUGUGUGUGUAUGUGUGCAUGCAACCGUGCGUAUAUACGUAUGUAUGUAGGAGAGAGAGAGACGAGGGCAGGGUGAACUUUGAUACAAACAUGUUUGUCUCUCAGGGACACCUUCACUGAUGCGGUAGCCAAGGUAGCCAGGCUAUUUUAACAUCGUAGUCAGGGCUUAGUAAGGGCACAAGCGGCAUCUGUAUACAAUACUUAGUGAGUGGGAUGGUGGGUGGGUGCUUGUUGAAGAGAAGAUUCUGCAGAAAAGUUUGGGUCAGUGGAGAAUAUGAGGGGAUGAUGACACAGAACGGCAGGAUGCUGAGAACAGACUACUAAUCAGCAUGUUCGGCCCACAUCUCUGGAACCUUACAAACAAAUAGGUGCUGCACACUAGCUAGUUAUUUCCCAUGAUGCCAUCUAAACGGCUGCCAAGACUGAGUGAGAGGACAAGGUCCACGCUCCCCCUCUCAAAACCAGCCUACCCUCAGUGAGACAGUCACACAGUCAGUCAGUCCAUCAUGCAUUGGUCUCAAUAACACAUUUUCUGCCUAUACCAUUUUCAUACACAAAACAAACAUAAGAACACAAUGAACAUAAAAUCAGCUGCACUGCAAGGUGAUCUCACAUGGAUUGCUCAUGAAAACAAACACCAUACAAAUACCAUAAUUUGUAUCUAAAAUGUCAUGCAAAUCAUCAUCCAAUAAUAAAAACAAGCUUGACCUGUCAGUAGUUUGUGCUGAUUAAGGUUUCCCCCCUGUAGAAAGACCUGUUAUGCUAUGUUAUGUUAUGUUGUGCUGAUCCUAUUAUCCUAUCUGAUUCUGCUCAGACAAACGGCUGUAGAUAAACUCCCUGCUAAACACAGACAAGAGCUCUGAUGUCAAUGGUUCAUUCUCGAUUUGGAGAGGCCAUCCAUCCGUCUCGGUAGGAUCACAUGCACACACACAUGCACACAAACACACACACACACACACACAAACACACACACUGUCAAUGUACACUUUUCUUACACCUCUGGUGUUCGGGCAACUCUUUGCAUCACACUAACCGAUGAGACAUAAGUCUUGAUGUCUUGCCAUGUUGCUUGGCACUUCAACUAGCUGGCAGAGAGAGACCCAAAUAAAUCUGAUCCAAAAUGAGAAUCAAGUUUAAACUGCUAAAAGGGGGCUGAACACCUUUAGUGUUGUCUUGGCAACAUCACCAUGGACACCUGAGCUCACAUAUGCCCCUAUUACCACUGUACAAAAAUAUCUAUAUAUUCUCAUGUACCAUAACAACUGUAAUUUAAUUAAAAUAAAAAAUGCACACACAUUAGCUUGAAAAGUUGGCAGACACAAUCAGCGUAUCUCUCUCUGUCUUAAUGCUUAUCAAUGUAUUUUUUAAAUGUACAAAUAAAUACUCUUUAGUACUAGAAUUAUUUGAUUUCUUGUCAGUACUAUCAAUGUGUAUUUGUUUGUUUGACCAGGUGUGUGCGUGUCUAUGCCAUGAAUUUAGGAUUGGAGCGGCCUGCUGGCCCUCUAAUCACCAUUAUUAUGGAGAGAGCCUUUAUAUACAGGUUUAGAGUUUACAUCACGCUAGACAGAUAGGAGAACUGAGGGGAGUUCUGUGUGUGACAACAGACUGAAAACCCAGGAAACUUAACUGAUAACUUUCUUUGCUAAGCGCAACCAUGAAGAAAGCAAAUAUGUUUUUCCGCCUGCCCAGGCUAUCCCCAUGGUACAUCAGAUACCUGAAGGUGAGUGCCUUUAACAAUACUACACAUUCUCAUUCAUGCAUUCAAGUACAGGUAACCUGCAAGUCGAAUUUUACAUAUGUAGAUAAAAAAUAUUGAGUUUAUUUUAAUGACAUAAAUUCACUAACUUCUUUUCUUAGCCAUUUUAAUUCUGACAGGAGAAAAUAAGAUCUAUUACAGUGGGGGGAAAAAGUAUUUAGUCAGCCACCAAUUGUGCAAGUUCUCCCACUUAAAAAGAUGAGAGAGGCCUGUAAUUUUCAUCAUAGGUACACGUCAACUAUGACAGACAAAAUGAGGGAAAAAAAUCCAGAAAAUCACAUUGUAGGAUUUUUAAUGAAUUUAUUUGCAAAUUAUGGUGGAAAAUAAGUAUUUGGUCAAUAACAAAAGUUUCUCAAUACUUUGUUAUAUACCCUUUGUUGGCAAUGACACAGGUCAAACGUUUUCUGUAAGUCUUCACAAGGUUUUCACACACUGUUGCUGGUAUUUUGGCCCAUUCCUCCAUGCAGAUCUCCUCUAGAGCAGUGAUGUUUUGGGGCUGUCGCUGGGCAACACUGACUUUCAACUCCCUCCAAAGAUUUUCUAUGGGGUUGAGAUCUUGAGACUGGCUAGGCCACUCCAGGACCUUGAAAUGCUUCUUACGAAGCCACUCCUUCGUUGCCCGGGCGGUGUGUUUGGGAUCAUUGUCAUGCUGAAAGACCCAGCCACGUUUCAUCUUCAAUGCCCUUGCUGAUGGAAGGAGGUUUUCACUCAAAAUCUCAUGAUACAUGGCCCCAUUCAUUCUUUCCUUUACACGGAUCAGUCGUCCUGGUCCCUUUGCAGAAAAACAGCCCCAAAGCAUGAUGUUUCCACCCCCAUGCUUCACAGUAGGUAUGGUGUUCUUUGGAUGCAACUCAGCAUUCUUUGUCCUCCAAACACGACGAGUUGAGUUUUUACCAAAAAGUUCUAUUUUGGUUUCAUCUAACCAUAUGACAUUCUCCCAAUCCUCUUCUGGAUCAUCCAAAUGCACUCUAGCAAACUUCAGACGGGCCUGGACAUGUACUGGCUUAAGCAGGGGGACACGUCUGCACUGCAGGAUUUGAGUCCCUGGCGGCGUAGUGUGUUACUGAUGGUAGGCUUUGUUACUUUGGUCCCAGCUCUCUGCAGGUCAUUCACUAGGUCCCCCCGUGUGGUUCUGGGAUUUUUGCUCACCGUUCUUGUGAUCAUUAUACCCCAUGGGGUGAGAUCUUGCGUGGAGCCCCAGAUCGAGGGAGAUUAUCAGUGGUCUUGUAUGUCUUCCAUUUCCUAAUAAUUGCUCCCACAGUUGAUUUCUUCAAACCAAGCUGCUUACCUAUUGCAGAUUUAGUCUUCCCAGCCUGGUGCAGGUCUACAAUUUUGUUUCUGGUGUCCUUUGACAGCUCUUUGGUCUUGGCCAUAGUGGAGUUUGGAGUGUGACUGUUUGAGGCUGUGGACAGGUGUCUUUUAUACUGAUAACAAGUUCAAACAGGUGCCAUUAAUACAGGUAACGAGUGGAGGACAGAUGAGCCUCUUAAAGAAGAAGUUACAGGUCUGUGAGAGCCAGAAAUCUUGCUUGUUUGUAGGUGACCAAAUACUUAUUUUCCACCAUAAUUUGCAAAUAAAUUCAUAAAAAAUCCUACAAUGUGAUUUUCUGGAGAAAAAAAAUCUCAAUUUGUCUGUCAUAGUUGACGUGUACCUAUGAUGAAAAUUACAGGCCUCUCUCAUCUUUUUAAGUGGGAGAACUUGCACAAUUGGUGGCUGACUAAAUACUUUUUUUCCCCACUGUUGGUGACUGAUUUUGUGUGGGUGUGUAUGUGUUUUCAGACUCAGACAAAGCAUAACAUGGAUAGGGUGCUGAGGAGCAGGCCUGGGGAAAUCAUGACUCCCCGCGUUGCCUUCAUCACCCUGAAUGGGUACAGCUCCCGCUCCUCAGCACCCUAUCCAUGUUAUGCUUUGUCUGUCAGAUCAAAUCAAAUUUGAUUUGUCAGAUACACGUGUUUAGCAGAUGUUAUAGCGGGUGUAGCGAAAUGCUUGUGCUUCUAGCUCCGACAGUGCAGUAAUAUCUAACAAUUUCACAACAUAUACCCAAUACACACAAAAAAGUAAGGAAUGGGAUUUAAGAAUAUAUACAUAUAUGGACAAGCAAUGACAGAGCGGCAUGGACUAAGAUACAGAAGAAUAUUAUAGAAUAGAAUGCAGUAUAUAAUAAUAAUAUAAUAAUAUAAUAUAUUAUGUAUAUGUAUAUACAUAUGAGAUGAGUAGUGCAAGAUAUGUAAACAUUAUUAAAGUGACUAGUGUUCCAUUUCUUAAAGUGGCCAGUAAUUUCAAUAGGCAGCAGCAGCCUCUAAUGUGCUAGUGAUGGCUAUUUAACAGUCUGAUGGCCUUGAGAUAGAAGCUGUUUUUCAUUCUCUCGAUCCCAGCUUUGAUGCACCUGUACUGACCUCGCCUUCUGGAUGAUAGCAGGGUGAACAGGCAGUAGCUCGGGUGGUUGAUGUCCUUGAUGAUCUUUUUGGCCUUCCUGUGACAUCGGGUGCUGUAUGUGUCUUGGAGGGCGGGUAGUUUGCCCCCGGUAAUGCGUUCGGCAGACCUCCACCCUCUGGAGAGCCCUGCGGUUGUGGGCGGUACAGUUGCCGUACCAGGCGGUGAUACAGCCCGACAGGAUGCUCUCAAUUGUGCAUCUGUAAAAGUUUGUGAGGGUUUUAGGUGAUAAGCCGAAUUUCUUCAGCCUCCUGAGGUUGAAGAGGCUCUGUUGCGCCUUCUUCACCACACUGUCUGCGUUGGUGGACCAUUUCAGUUUGUCUGUGAUGUGUACGCCAAGGAACUUGAAGCUUUCCACCUUCUCCACUGCGGUCCCGUCGAUGUGGAUAGGGGGGUGCACCCUCUGCUGUUUCCUGAAGUCCACGAUCAUCUCCUUUGUUUUGUUGAUGUUGAGUGAGAGGUUAUUUUCCUGGCACCACACUUCCAGAGCCCUCACCUCCUCCCUGUAGGCGGUCUCGUCAUUGUUGGUAAUCAAGCCUACUACUGUUGUGUUGUCUGCAAACUUGAUGAUUGAGUUGGAGGCGUGCUUGGCCACACAGUCAUGUGAACAGGGAGUACAGGAGGGGGCUGAGCACGCACCCUUGUGGGCCCCCAGUGUUGAGGAUCAGCGAAAUGGAGAUAUUGUUUCCUACUUUCACCACCUGGGGGCGGCCCGUCAGGAAGUCCAGGACCCAGUUGCACAGGGCAGGGUUCAGACCCAGGGCCUCGAGCUUAAUGAUGAGCUUGGAGGGUACUAUGGUGUUGAAUGCUGAGCUAUAGUCAAUGAACAGCAUUCUUACAUAGGUAUUCCUCUUGUCCAGAUGGGAUAGGGAGGUGUGCAGUGUGAUGGCAAUUGCAUCGUCUGUGGAUCUAUUGGGGCGGUAAGCAAAUUGAAGUGGGUCUAGGGUAAGGUAGAGGUGAUAUGAUCCUUGACUAGUCUCUCAAAGCACUUCAUGAUGACAGAGGUGAGUGCUACAGGGCGAUAGUCAUUUAGUUCAGUUACCUUUGCUUUCUUGGAUACAGGAACAAUGGUGGCCCUCUUGAAGCAUGUGGGAACAGCAGACUGGGAAAGGGAAAGAUUGAAUAUGUCCAUAAACACACCAGCCAGCUGGUCUGCGCAUGCUCUGAGGACGCGGCUAAGGAUGCCGUCUGGGCCGGCAGCCUUGCGGGGGUUAACAUGCUUAAAUGUCUUAAUCAAGUUGGCCAUGGAGAAGGAGAGGCCACAGUCCUUGGUAGUGGGCCUCGUCAGUGGCACUGUGUUAUCCUCAAAGCAGGCGAAGAAGGUGUUUAGCUUGUCUGGAAGCGAGACGUCGGUGUCGGCGACGUGGCUGGUUUUAUUUUUGUAGUCCAUGAUUGUCUGUAGACCCUGCCACAUACGUCUCGUGUCUGAGCCGUUGAAUUGCGACUCCACUUUGUCUCUAUACUGAUGUUUUGCCAGUUUAAUUGCCUUGCGGAGUGAGUAGCUACACUGUUUGUAUUCUGCCAUAUUCCCUGUCACCUUGCCAUGGUUGAAUGCGGUGGUUCGCGCUUUCAGAUUUGUGCGAAUGCUGCCGUGUAUCCACGGUUUCUGGUUAGGGUAGGUUUUAAUAGUCACAGUGGGCACAAUAUCACUUAUACACUUCCUGAUAAACUCAGUCACUGUUUCAGUGUAUAUGUCUAAAUUAUUUUCGGAAGCUACCCGGAACAUAUCCCAGUCCACGUGAUCAAAACAAUCUUGAAGCAUGGAUUCCGAUUGGUCAGACCAGCGUUGAAUAGUCCUUAGCAUGGGUACUUCCUGUUGGAGUUUCUGCCUAUAGGAAGGGAGGGCAGGGGAGGGCCUUAUAACCAUCCCGGAAGUUUGAAUAGCAAUGGUUGAGGAUUUUAGCAGCGCGAGUACAACAGUCGAUAUGUUGAUAGAACUUCGGCAGCCUAGUCCUCAAAUUUGCUUUGUUAAAAUUCUCGCCUACAAUAAAUGCAGCCUCAAGAUAUGUGGUUUCCAGUUUGCAUAAGGUCCAGUGAAGUUAUUUGAGGGCCGUCGUGGUAUCGGCUUGAGGGGGGAUAUCCACGGCCGUGACUGUAACCGAAGAAAAUUAUCUUGGGAGAUAAUACGGUCAGCAUUUGAUUGUGAGAUAUUCUAGGUCGGGUGAACAGAAGGAAUCGAGUUCCUCUAUGUUACUACAAUUACACCACGAGUCGUUAAUCAUGAAACACACACCUCCGCCCUUCUGCUUCCCGGAGAGAUAUUUAUUUCUGUCUGCGCGAUGAACUGAGAACCCAUCUGGCUGGACCGAUUCCGACAGAAUAUCCCAAGAGAGCCUUGUUUCCAUGAAACAGAGUAUGUUACAGGCCUUGAUGUCUCUCUGGAAAGAAAUCCUUACCCGUAGUUCGUCGACUUUGUUAACCAAAGAUUUAACAUUAGCGAGUAGAAUACUUGGAAGCGGUGGGUGGUGUGCGCGCCUCCUAAGUCGGACCAGCAGGCCGCUCCGAGUGCCUCUCCUCCGCCGGCGAUGUUUUGGGUCAGCCGCUGGAAUCAGUUCAGUUGCCCUGGGGAGAGGAAACAAAGGAUCUGCUUCGGGAAAGUCAUAUUCCUGGUCGUAAUGCUGGUGAGUUACCGCCGCUCUGAUAUCCAAUAGUUUUUCCCGGCUGUAUGUAAUGAUGCAAAACACUUUCUGAGCUAAUAAUGUAAAAAAUUAUACAUAAAAAAACAAAAUACUGCAAGGUUUCCUAAGAGCUAGUCGCGAGGCCGCCAUCUCCGUCGGUGCCAGGUUAUACCCUGCGCCCGUGUGCUCCGGUGAAGGAGAGGAUGAACAGAUGGAACAAGAUGCAUGGCUUCUUCCCCUACAUCCGUGUCUCAUUCUAUCUCUCUUCAGCAUUGAUGUCUAGUUUAACUUAUAGCCUUGACAUGCAGUACAGAUGGACAGUGUGGGCUGGUCAUUGCGUGUGACUGGAGGACUGAAGUCAUAUGAAGAACUUUACCUGCUCUUUGAUGGACAACGUUAAACUGGUCCAUUUAAAUGUCAGUGGGUCUCAAAGACAUUGACUAUGAAGGGUUAAGUGUCCUAUAGCAGGACUGUGAACAUGGUUCUCUCUAUACUGUGGUGAGAUCUUGUACUUGCUUUAUUAGUGUACUUUUUGAAUAUGCAUUUUGUCAUCAAAACAAUCAUCACUUUGUAUGAGUUUUGUUAAAGAGUCAUUUGCAUCUUAACUGACAAAAAAACAGAUUCAUAAUGCAUUGUGGGUCCGAAUCAUGUGCACCGGGGUAAAGGGGGUUUCACAUGACAGGUGUAAGAAUGAAAUUGCACUAAGUGAGGUAUUGUUUUUCAAUGGAGGAGGCAUUGAGAGACUGAAUAAAAUGUAUUCCUCAUGUGUCUAUUGUUUAUGUUGUAAUAAUUUGUUGGGUGAGCAGUCUAGAAACAUGACCAAUGACACAGACUAUAUGAUAGCACUAUUGAUCCCUGGUUCUGAUCCAAUCCAAAAUAAGAGAGUAAUACCAAGGUCUGCCAGUGAAGACCAUGCAGAUUUACCUGUUACAUGAUAGAACAGUCUCAGCUGAACCCAAAGAUCACAACAGCUGUCAUGCAAAGCUGUCAUCAAGGCAAAUGGUGGCUAUUUGAGGAAUCUCAAAUAUAAUUUGUUUAACACUUUUUUGGUUACUACAUGAUUCCAUAUGUGUUAUUUCAUAGUUGUGAUGUCUUCACUAUUAUUCUACAAUGUAGAAAAUAGUUUUAAAAAAAAAGAAAAACUCUGGAAUGAGUAGGUGUGUCCAAACUUUUGACUGGUACAGUUGAAGUCGGAAGUUUGCAUACACUUAGGUUGGAGUCAUUAAAACUUGUUUUUCAACCACUCCACAAAUUUCUUGUUAACAAACUAUAGUUUUGGAAAGUCGGUGAGAACAUCUACAGUGAGGGAAAAAAGUAUUUGAUCCCCUGCUGAUUUUGUACGUUUGCCCACUGACAAAGACAUAAUCAGUCUAUAAUUUUAAAUGCAAAUCAGCAGGGGAUCAAAUACUUUUUUCUCUCACUGUAGAUGUUCUCACCGACUUUCCAAAACUAUAGUUUGUUAACAAGAAAUUUGUGGAGUGGUUGAAAAACAAGUCUCUCACUGUUCAAAUAAACCUACCAUUAAAAUUAUAGACUGAUAAUUUCUUUGUCAGUGGGCAAACGUACAAAAUCAGCAGGGGAUCAAAUACUUUUUUCCCUCAUUGUAAUUUGUGCAUGACACAAGUAAAUUUUCCAACAAUUGUUUACAGACAGAUUAUUUCACUUAUAAUUCACUGUAUCACAAUUCUAGUGGGUCAGAAGUUUACAUACACUAAGUUGACUGUGCCUUUAAACAGCUUGGAAAAUUCCAGAAAAUUAUGUCAUGGCUUUAGAAGCUUCUGAUAGGCUAAUUGACAUCAUUUGGGUCAAUUGGAGGUGUACCUGUGGAUGUAUUUCAAGGCCUACCUUCAAACUCAGUGCCUCUUUUCUUGACAUCAUGGGAAAAUCAAAAGAAAUCAGCCAAGACCUCAGAAAAUAAAUUGUAGACCUCCACAAGUCUGGUUCAUCCUUGGGAGCAAUUUUCAAACACCUGAAGGUACCACGUUCAUCUGUACAAACAAUAGUACGCAAGUAUAAACACCAUGGGACCACACAGCCGCCAUACCGCUCAGGAAGGAGACACGUUCUGUCUCCUAGAGAUGAACGUACUUUGGUGCGAAAAGUGAAAAUCAAUCCCAGAACAACAGAAAAGGACCUUGUGAAGAUGCUGGAGGAAACAGGUACAAAAGUAUCUAUAUCCACAGUAAAACGAAUCCUAUAUCGACAUAACCUGAAAGGCCGCUCAGCAAGGUCCAAAACCGCCAUAAAAAAGCCAGACUACGGUUUGCAACUGCACAUUGGGACAAAGAUCGUAAGGUCCCCGCAAGGUCCCCCUGCUCCCGCAAGGUCCCCCUGCUCAAGAAAGCACAUAUACAGGCUCGUCUGAAGUUUGUCAAUGAACAUCUGAAUGAUUCAGAGGAGAACUGGGUGGAAGUGUUGUGGUCAGAUGAGACCAAAAUGGAGCUCUUUGGCAUCAACUCAACUCACCGUGUUUGGAGGAGGAGGAAUGCUGCCUAUGACCCCAAGAACACCAUCCCCACCGUCAAACAUGGAGGUGGAAACAUUAUGCUUUGGGGGUGUUUUUCUGCUAAGGGGACAGGACAACUUCACCGCAUCAAAGGGAUGAUGGACAGGGCCAUGUACCGUCAAAUCUUGUGUGAGAACCUCCUUCCCUCAGCCAGGGCAUUGAAAAUGGGUUGUGGAUGGGUAUUCCAGCAUGACAAUGACCCAAAACACACGGCCAAGGCAACAAAGGAGUGGCUCAAGAAGAAGCACAUUAAGGUCCUGGUGUGGCCUGGCCAGUCUCCAGAUCUUAAUCCCAUAGAAAAUCUGUGGAGGGAGCUGAAGGUUUGAGUUGCCAAACGUCAUCCUCGAAAACCUUAAUGACUUGGAGAAGAUCUGCAAAGAGGAGUGGGACAAAAUCCCUCCUGAGUUGUGUGCAAACCUGGUGGCCAACUGCAAGAAACGUCUGACCUCUGUGAUUGCCAACAAGGGUUUUGCCACCAAGUACCAAGUCAUGUUUUGCAGAGGGGUCAAAUACUUAUUUCCCUCAUUAAAAUGGCAAUCAAUUUAUUACAUUUUUGACAUGCGUUUUUCUGGACUUUUUUGUUGUUAUUCUGUCUCUCACCGUUCAAAUAAACCUACCAUUUAAAUUAUAGACUAAUCAUGUCUUUGUCAGUGGGCAAAUGUACAAAAUCAACAGGGGAUCAAAUACUUUUUUCCCUCACUGUAAUUGGCUGUGUAUGUGUGUGUGUGUGUGUGUGCUAAUGUAUGGGGGUCGCGUCUGGGCAUGCGAGGUCAGGGUGGUGUCUGGGCAUAUACCAUUUUCCUUUACCAGAGAGAAUGCUUGAACUUGUGAGGGGUGUGUCAAAGGUCAAUGAUGUAUAAAUAAAGCACCAUUAUUAAGAUCACAACUACUGACAUCACAGCAGACAUCUUGAGCAUUGACUCUUGGAGAGGAUCCAUUCAGCCAACUCUAUUCCAUCACUGAGAAGAAAACAACUAUAGACAGCUGUAAGUACAUUUUCCCACUGUUGGUUAUUAUUUUUAUUUUUUUAUUAAAGAUAUGUUUUUAUUUGUAUAAGAUACACCAACUGGGUUGUACAUUUUUUAAACACCCCAUCAUUGUUUUUUAUAAAAUGUUCUAAUUGCUGAGAUAUGACUGAAAUAUGAAAAGGUAAACAAAGUUUAUACAUGUUGGUAUGUAUGUGUGUGUGUGUGUGUGUGUGUGUGUGUGUGUGUGUGUGUGUGUGUGUGUGUGUGUGUGUGUGUGAUUUAAAACCGAUGUGUGUUCAUCCUGAUUUGAUUUAAAACCAGUUUUUUUUCCCACAUUUAAAAGAUCUGGGGGAACACUCAUUGGAUCUUCUCAAUACGGCUCAUGGAGACCUUACACAAAUCUUUGAGUACACAUACCUUGUGAAAUUUGUUUCACUAAUUCAUCAAGGGUGUAAUUUCUGUCAUUUCAACAUGAUUUUAUUCUUAUUCUAUCAAAAUAGCUCAUGUUUCAAAACUCUAAGGACAUUUUCAUUUGACUGAGUACAACAAACAAAUUCACAAAGUCACUUGUUCACUGCACCAAAUCACACUUUCCAUUUGGAUACAUUAUUCACUUUAUUUUGAUAUGAUCAUUUGUUAACAACACAAUUAACUAUCACUUAAUUAAACUGCUCAAAACGGAUAACUACUGAACCAAAAUUAUAUAGUGCAUAGUUAACGUACAGUACAUUCGGAGAGUAUUCAGACCCCUUUACUUUUUCCACAUUUUGUUACGUUACAGCCUUAUUCUAAAAUCAAUUAAAUAUAUUUUUUUCCUCAGCAAUUUACACACAAUACCCCAUAAUGACAAAGCAAAAACAGGUUUUUAGAAUUUUUUGCAAAUGUAGAAAAACAACAAAAACAGAAAUACCUUAUUUACAUAAGUAUUCAGACCCUUUGCUAUGAGUCUCAAAAUUGAGCUCAGGUGCAUCCUGUUUCCAUUGAUCAUCCUUGAGAUGUUUCUACAACUUGAUUGGAGUCCACCUGUGGUAAAUUCAAUUGAUUGGACAUGAUUUGGAAAGGCAUACACCUGUCUAUAUAAGGUCCCCUGUAGCUCAGUUGGUAGACCAUGGCGCUUGCAAUGCCAGGGUUGUGGGUUUGUUUCCCACGGGGGGCCAGUAUGAAAAAAUGUAUGCACUCACUAACUGUAAGUCGCUCUGGAUAAGAGUGUCUGCUAAAUGACUAAAAUGUAAAUGUCAGAGUAAAAACCAAGCCAUGAGGUUGAAGGAAUUGUCCGUAGAGCUCCAAGACAGGAUUGUGUCUAGGCACAGAUCUGGGGAAGGGUACCAAAAAAUUACUGCAGCAUUGAAGGUCCCCAAGAACACAGUGGCCUCCAUAAUUCUUAAAUGGAAGAAGUUUGGUUCCACCAAGACUCUUCCUAGAGCUGGCCGCCCAACCAAACUGAGCAAUCGGGGGAGAAGAGCCUUGGUCAGGGAGGUGACUAAGAACCCAAUGGUCACUCUGACAGAUCUCUAGAGUUCCUCUGUGGAGAUGGGAGAACCUCCCAGAAGGACAACCAUCUCUGCAGCACUCCACCAAUCAGACCUUUAUGGUAGAGUGGCCAGACGGAAGCCACUCCUCAGUAAAAGGCACAUGACAGCCCGCUUGGAGUUUGCCAACAGGCACCUAAAGACUCUCAGACCAUGAGAAACAAGAUUCUCUGGUCUGAUGAAACCAAGAUUGAACUCUUUGGCCUGAAUGCCAAGCGUCACGUCUGGAGGAAAUCUGGCAUCAUCCCUAAGGUGAAGCAUGGUGGUGGCAGCAUCAUGCUGUGGGGAUGUUUUUCAGCAGCAGGGACUGGGAGACUAGUCAGGAUCGAGGAAAAGAUGAACGGAGCAAAGUACAGAGAGAUCCUUGAUGAAAACCUAUUUUAUAGCAAUAUGGUGCCCGACAGCAUAGUCAAUGAAGUGGCAUGCAAUCAUUGGUUAAUGCAUGCAACGUCUGAGCAGGUGAACGCAACCAUAUUGUCAGGGACACCCUGAAAGUUCUGAGGGGGUAGAUCAGCUUUAAUAUUGCAGAUAGAUUGUAACCUCCAUCAAUGUAAUUGUCUGCAUCACUUCCAAUCCCCCAUAUGUUUUUUCACAUACAUACAUAUAUAUACACAUACAUACAUAUAAAUACACAUACAUACAUAUAAAUACAUAUACAUACAUAUAAUUUAUAUACACAUAUCCUUUAAAAAAAAGAUAUUACUUUAUUACUUUCCAACCCCACCACCCCUCCCCUAAUUGGAGUAAACAACAACGCUUAGGCCUCUACUUCCAGUUUAUACAUACUAUAUAAAUUUUAUGGACACAGUCAAUUUUACAAUAAUUCUAUUUUGUUUGUUUUUACUCCUGAACUUCCUCUAUCCUCAACGAUCAUUUUCAUGAUGUCCAUCCGGUUUCCCUCUACAUGCCAUAACCCCCAAACUGUGCUCUUUCACAAAAGUUCUCAACCUAUAUACUUAUUAUGGACACAGUAUGUUUUACACUAGUUAUUGUGUUGUUAUUAGUCCCAACCUUCAGUUCCAUUCAAUCCCUCCCAUCUAUCUCUUAACACCAUCCAUAUUGGAUUUCUACUUGCCAUAUAUUUAUCAACUGUACUGUGAUGUUUCACAAAAGUUCUGAACCCUUCUAUUCUCAUUGUUUCUACAGAUUGUAAAUAGAAAAUUUUUGCUAAAAGUAUUAUUAUAUUAUUGAUCGAUUGACUAUGACUUUUCAGAUCACACUAGUGCUAUCUGCAGGGUUAGCUCCAGGUAAAUAUUGCAAUCCUUCAGCCAUUCCUGGACCUGUGACCAAAAACAAGUGGACAGUACCAAAACAAAUAAUCUAAUGAUUCUGUCUCCAUGGUUUGCCAGUGCUGUGAUAAGAUGUUGUGUAAAACAAUGAAUGUGGAGAAUUUAUCUGCACUGUACAGUAUAUGUUUGUCGGCUAGCUAGCCAGCCGGUUUAAGACGAAUGACUCCAUUAAUUUUUCAAAUUAACUGCCAAUAUCCCAACAUUCCAUUCAAACAAUGCAGUCAAUACACAGCCAUACACUGGCUCAAAUCAGUUGAUGAUAGGACUUAGACAAGUUGUAAAUGCAACAAGUACUGAUAUUGUAUCAUCAUGUACUCACCGCUUUCCAAGAAAACAAAAUUGAGACAUUUAUCAUCUGUUUACAUAUAUCAUAGAGGCUACUUGUUCAGACAAUGUGUAUAAAACCUGUAUAAAGUGUAUUUUCAAUUAUAUGAUUAUAUUUUAGGUUGCCUAUAAUUCCAUUACACCAUUUCUGAUAAAUCACAUGCCUUACUUUUAUUUUCCUGCAUAAGUAAAAGCAGAAAAUGCAUCACCUAUGCCUCUACUGCCAUUCAUUCCAAUUAGACUGGUUCUGGAUUUCUCCCUGACCAAGAUGGCUGACAUUUUGGCCCCAUUAUGGAACUUUGAGGGUUUAUGACAUAACCCCUUUAGUAGGGUUGGGCAGUAUCCAGAUUUUCAUAUCAUCAUACCUUCCGUCUUUCAUCCUGGGAUUUAUGGUAUUACCGGUUUAGUACACAAGGGGGCGCCAUAAAAUAUAAUAAAAAGCCCACUGGGCAUCUAUUACCAGAAUGCUAAUAAAAUUAGCACAAGUAAUUGCACAGGAAAUCCAAUAACUCAUCCAAAGGGCUUUGACUUCUCAAACAUGGCAGAAAGCUAACACAAUAUGAUGCCCCGUCACCUUAUUAAUUUAGCUACUUACUUAGAUCACUAGCAAGUUAAACUUAGGGGUUGCACUAAUGCAGAAUUCUGCAUUUUUCACGCAGGAAAGAAAUAUAAAACACAUAAGAAAUAUUUUACAUUUUAGUCAUUUAGCAGACGCUCUUAUCCAGAGCGACUUACAGUUAGUGAGUGCAUAUAUUUUUUUUUUGCGUUUUGCUGCGUUUUGUAAAGGCAGAUCUAAAAUGCUUCUUCUUGUAAUUUCUGCUCAGCCUUAGAUUCAUUUUGUGCUUCAGUUGCACUCCAUUUUCUGAUCUGCUUUAUCUUCUAAAGUAAUGCACAAGAUGACUGCAGGUAUUUACUUAAAUUAUCUACAAAUAUAAGAAUUCAUUGAAAAACGUAAACUAAAUAGUUUCAAAUGUAUUGAUGGUAUUGAAAAACCAUCCUGUGGUUAUUUCCAAAUAUGGUAAAUGGUAUAGGCUAGGGUAUACCGUCCAAGCCUAAAACGUAACAUAUCAUACUAUAUGUAGUUUCUCGGGUUUACGUUUACUAUGUUACUAGUCUACGAGACCAGGCUACAUGCAUCCUUGGACUGCAUUUGUCAUUCUCAUCCUGAAUAUCAUCACAAUUCAUGAUAUCCUGCGUGCUCAACCACUCUAAACUUGGACCUAUUUAUAAACACAUUUCCAGUUAAAUAAAUGAGCCUGUGCUCUGGGAUACAACUUUUGCAGAAGGACAGUAGGCUACCUUGCACCGAGCAGCUUAGUCCAUCCCUCUGUUCUUUUCCCAGUUUGCCGCAUUAUAAUCGAGUUCCAUGCAGGACCCAACAUUAUCUUGGGCGGCUCUGUGGUGUAGCGGUCUCUCCCCUACACUCGCGUUUCAACAACAGCAGGAAACUGCCUCAAGCCUGUCUCUGACUAUUGAAUAUACAAAAAUAGGGGGAAACGGAGACAAAUGCGGUGAGGCAGAAAGCAGAAAAAGAUUGAGACAACUGGAGUAUUUUAUCGGGCGGUAAGUGGGGAUAUCAAGGUGGGUGGUUGAUUGCGUUGCAAUAGCCUACGGUAUUUGCCUGCUUCCAGCAGCUCGCACGGCGAUAUUUUUUGUGCAGAGAUAGACACUAAUAGUAUUGCAUUUCGGUGUCUUGUUAUUGCAUAUCCCUCUCUAUCUUAUAGCCUUGUACAGAACCAGAGUCAGUAUAUCAUAUCAGGGUUUCUUUCAUUCAGGAUCUGCUGUCUAAUGUGUCUACACAUGUUCAGAGUUUGCUGUAGCCUUAUAGCCAUGCCUAACAAUUAGACACUUGUAUUUAGCAGGUAUUUGUUCUGGAAGACCACACACCAGUGGAUAAACCUAAGCAGCUGCCUUUCCGUUGAUCGAGCAAUUUAUUAAUAUUAAUUCCACAUAAAACCCUGGGGGGACUGUCAGGUUCUCUCUCCAUCACCUACUUAUGUUAUUAAUCUAAUGCUACACUGGACAUGAUGUUGGUGUACAUCCUGCAGGGAAAUGCACAUCCCAGCAGUCAUCCUUGUGCUCAAUUAGCUUGCAGCAUUUUAAGUAUGAGUCAUUGCUCCGGAUCACUUGUCAACAAACAUGGUUUGCCACUGUAGUCAGAGCGUACCUACUCUAUUAAAGGAGAAUUUAGCAGUGUUAGCCAUAUUUGUGUUAAAAGAUUCAUGGACUGAGCGUUCUCUGUACUUCUAGGUGUAUUACUGCCUGUCCACUCUGCGGUGGACCUAAGACAGCGCACCGGAGGGGAGAGUGAGGGGUGCUGGGUCACACUGUCAAGUUGCUUCCACUCUGCACCUGCUGCAUCAUGGGUAACGUCGCUGGCAAGGACAGCCAUGGCCCUACAGGUUCCCUACAUGAACGUACACACACACACACACUCAUUGUCACAUUUCAUUAUAUGAAACUCUCUGACAGUAACUCUGAUUAGAACAUUCUCUUCCUGUUUCCACAAUAUUUCCUUUCAAGCUGUUUGUACUCUUACACAAUUUGUUCAUUAUCUUUAUACCUCCCCUUCUCGAUCUGUCUAGCUGUGAUUCUCUAUUGUAGCAUUGCUGACGUCUUCUUUUUCUGACACACACACACACUUCCUUCCCUAAACACCUGUUUAAAACCCUGGCCGUUCCUAUCCUUUCUAGCUGUUUUCAUUAGGCUGGAAACAGACUCAGACUGGGGUGAGAAUAUCUCCCUGGAUACUGUGUGCGCUCCGCCAGGCACAUGCAAUACAUCAGGCUGUGCUAGGUGAAUGAUGAGUCUGCAGAAUUCUGCAGCCCAACACAAGGACAGGGAGGGGGAACAUGAGACACUAGAGGCUUAGGGACCUGUGUAACUGUAUCUGUCUGUGUGUGUGUGUGUGUGUGUGUGUGUGUGUGUGUGUGUGUGUGUGAGUAUGCAGUAGAGUAUGAAAUGGUGGAUGUGUUUCGCAUGUAAAUCAAUUGACUGCAAGCAGCAAGAGAUGCUGCGUCUAGAUUCAGUGAGGGAGUGUGUCUCUAGAUAUGGCCACUCGGGGAUGAGUGGUUGUUAAUGUACCAAGGCGUUGGCAUGACAGGCUCUGCAGUGACUAUCAGCCUACCAGGGACUGUGUGAGAGAGAGGAAGGGCAUUGACUGUUUAUAUAUGCAUAUUCUGCAUCAAAGUGCAGGCAUCCUCCUAUAGCCACACCCAACUCUGGUAUCCUGUGUAGUUUUUAUAGACAGAAAAUAGCUUAGGACAGCAGUUCUCUCUCUCUCUUUUCUGUUCUUCCUCUUCCCUCCUCUCCUUUCCCCUAUCUCAUAUUUCUUUAAUCCCCCUCUCUCCCCCACUCCACUCUCUCCCCCUCUCCACUCCCUCUCUCUCUCUCUUUCCAGGGUCUCAUUUAGAUCUGUUCCACACUCCUCCCUCCUCCCCCUCUGAUUCUGACCUGGCUGCAGCUCUGGCCUUGGCUCCAGCCGCGGCUCAGCUGUUGCAGCAGGGGACACCGUCCUCUGGGGCCACCCGGGGCAUCGUCUGCCAGGGCGGAGCCUCCCCCUCCACCAACUCCAAUUGGAGCUACACGCUGUCUGUCCCGCCAGAAUGGGCCGUGAUUAGCCUAGAGAGCAGUGCAUUGCCGCAGGGGACGGGGGUGGAAAUGGACGGUGGAAGGCAAACGGUGAGGUGCUCCAGCAGCCACAACAACCACAGCAGCAGUCCUGUGUCCCAAGGCCAGGGGCCUCCGUCAGAUGGUAGCCCUUUGGAGCAGAGCUGGCAGGAGCGGGACAGUGGUCUGGAGCCCCAGGCAGAGCCGGUGCGGGCUAGGGAGGAGAUGGCCCUGGCUCUGCUCAACCUGCUGGAACAUCACAGGUCCACACUGGGGCUCAGUCCGGGCCUGGACGCACCAGCAGGAGCAGUCGGUAAGGUCUCCGCAUCUGCAUAGCCGUAGUAACCCAAUCGAUUCAUAAUUGUUUGUCUUGUCUCAACUUGACAGUGUGCAUACAUGUCCUUACAUUUGUCUUGAUCUGUGUGCCAUGUGUUUCGUGUGUUUGUGUGUGUGUGUGUCAGAGCUGCUGAGGCGGUUGAUGGUGGAGAGAGAGGAGCUGGUGGAGGAGGUGCGCAGCCUGAAGGACACACUGAGGGUGAGUCAGACGCCCCUCCCUUCUCUUCCCCACUGCAUUCCCUCUCUUUCUCCCUCAGCACUGCAGAUACAGGGAUAGAUGGAGGAAAUCCUCAAAAUUGUUUCAAAGACCACACACGUACACACACACACACACACACACACACAGACACAAGUAUACAAUGGGGAAAAAAAGUAUUUAGUCAGCCACCAAUUGUGCAAGUUCUCCCACUUAAAAAGAUGAGAGAGGCCUGUAAUUUUCAUCAUAGGUACACGUCAACUACGACAGACAAAUUGAGAAAUUUUUUCCAGAAAAUCACAUUGUAGGAUGUUUAAUGAAUUUAUUUGCAAAUUAUGGUGGAAAAAAAUAAGUAUUUGGUCACCUACAAACAAGCAAGAUUUCUGGCUCUCACAGACCUGUAACUUCUUCUUUAAGAGGCUCCUCUGUCCUCCACUCGUUACCUGUAUUAAUGGCACCUGUUUGAACUUGUUAUCAGUAUAAAAGACACCUGUCCACAACCUCAAACAGUCACACUCCAAACUCCACUAUGGCCAAGACCAAAGAGCUGUCAAAGGACACCAGAAACAAAAUUGUAGACCUGCACCAGGCUGGGAAGACUGAAUCUGCAAUAGGUAAGCAGCUUGGUUUGAAGAAAUCAACUGUGGGAGCAAUUAUUAGGAAAUGGAAGACAUACAAGACCACUGAUAAUCUCCCUCGAUCUGGGGCUCCACGCAAGAUCUCACCCCGUGGGGUAUAAUGAUCACAAGAACGGUGAGCAAAAAUCCCAGAACCACACAGGGAGACCUAGUGAAUGACCUGCAGAGAGCUGGGACCAAAGUAACAUAGCCUACCAUCAGUAACACACUACGCCGCCAGGGACUCAAAUCCUGCAGUGCAAGAUGUGUCCCCCUGCUUAAGCCAGUACAUGUCCAGGCCCGUCUGAAGUUUGCUAGAGUGCAUUUGGAUGAUCCAGAAGAGGAUUGGGAGAAUGUCAUAUGGUCAGAUGAAACCAAAAUAGAACUUUUUGGUAAAAACUCAACUUGUCGUGUUUGGAGGACAAAGAAUGCUGAGUUGCAUCCAAAGAACACCAUACCUACUGUGAAGCAUGGGGGUGGAAACAUCAUGCUUUGGGGCUGUUUUUCUGCAAAGGGACCAGGACGCCUGAUCCGUGUAAAGGAAAGAAUGAAUGGGGCCAUGUAUCGUGAGAUUUUGAGUGAAAACCUCCUUCCAUCAGCAAGGGCAUUGAAGAUGAAACGUGGCUGGGUCUUUCAGCAUGACAAUGAUCCCAAACACACCGCCCGGGCAACGAAGGAGUGGCUUCGUAAGAAGCAUUUCAAGGUCCUGGAGUGGCCUAGCCAGUCUCCAGAUCUCAACCCCAUAGAAAAUCUUUGGAGGGAGUUGAAAGUCCGUGUUGCCCAGCGACAGCCCCAAAACAUCACUGCUCUAGAGGAGAUCUGCAUGGAGGAAUGGGCCAAAAUACCAGCAACAGUGUGUGAAAACCUUGUGAAGACUUACAGAAAACGUUUGACCUGUGUCAUUGCCAACAAAGGGUAUAUAACAAAGUAUUGAGAAACUUUUGUUAUUGACCAAAUACUUAUUUUCCACCAUAAUUUGCAAAUAAAUUCAUUAAAAAUCCUACAAUGUGAUUUUCUGGAUUUUUUUUUCUCAUUUUGUCUGUCAUAGUUGACGUGUACCUAUGAUGAAAAUUACAGGCCUCUCUCAUCUUUUUAAGUGGGAGAACUUGCACAAUUGGUGGCUGACUAAAUACUUUUUCCCCCCACUGUAUCCCUAUUACUUUGAAGUGGAUUGCUUUUUCCCUUCUCUACCUGUGUUGUGCUGUGUUGUGCUCUGUUUAGGGCUCGAUUCAAUCGGAAGAUCCGCGGUAUAGCGCGAUUGAAAUUUGAACGUGAUUUCCGAUUGAGCCAACAUAUGCAGCGUUUACCGUGAAUGCAGUUUCCGUGAAAACGGAAACUUUGCCUUUAAGAGUCGAUCGACUCACCAGUGCGUCAAGUAACAUAAUAAAAAAAUCCCCAUCAAAAUCCGGCAGUUUAAGCUAGCGAUAUCAGGUUUUUUGCAUGGGCCGAGCUACAGUAGUGUUUGUCAGACCAUGAGACAUCCCGAAAAUCACGACCUACAAACUGUUAUGACCAGUCUACGGAAAGGGGAGACUCUCACGAACACGAUGGUGUUAUCUAUUUUGCUCUACGACCGCCACAAAGGACUCCACUGAAGGUAACAUAUACAAAUGUAUGGAAGUAUGGAGGUAGUUUUGUGCCAACGGCUUAGACUUUUAGAGAUUACAUUUCAAUCACCCUAUACCAUAGAUCUUCCGCAAUACGAUUUCAUCGAGCCCUAAGACUUGGGAUUUCAUUCAAGCAGUAAGUAAGUGCAAUGUUCAGGCAAGUCACAGGGUUUGUGGAAGGCAGGGUUUCUCAAUAUGUGUGCUAACCUAAGCAACCAUUAUCAGUGGGUUUUUUUUUCUAGGAGGUUCUGUUUGAGAAUAUCACAGUCGGCCUCCACCAUCUGCAAACAUUGUACAACAACUACUGUAAAUGAGCCAGUGAUAAGCAGUGUGAUGGCCCUGACAUUCAAUAUGGGAGGUUGUCCCUCUAUCUCUAGAUUACUGUGAUUUAACUGUACACAGGGAACAUUGCAGCGAUUCCUGGCAUACUUUAUUGAAGUGUUCACCUGAAUCGGUUAGCUAGGUUGUUUAACUUUUCUUUUGACCAAUGCAAAAUCCCUGUUUUAGACAUGUUUACUGUAUUAACAGCGCUAUUGAUUUUCUGAUACAUAUGGCAGUAUGCAUGUCUGUCUGCUGGCCUAGAUGUAAAAUGAUACCACCUCUACUUCUUCUCCCCUUUGAGUUCCCCUGCCUCUUCUAUAUGACCCACCCAUGAUAUUAAAGAUGAUAUUAAAUAUAAACUGAGUGUACAAAACAUUAGGAACUGCUCUUUCCAUGACAGACUGACCAAGUGAAUCCAGGUGAGAGCUAUGAUCCCUUAUUGAUGUCACUUGUUAAAACCACUUCAAUCAGUGUAGUAUGAAAAUGUAUGCACUCACUAACUGUAAGUUGCUCUGGAUAAGCGCGUCUGCUAAAUGACUAAAAUGUAAAUGAAGGAGAGGAGACAGGUUAAAGAAGGUUUUUUUAAGCCUUGAGACAAUUGAGAUAUGGAAUGUGUAUGUGUGCCAUUCGGAGGGUGAAUGGGCAAGUCAAAUGAUUUAAGUGCCUUUGAACGGGGUGUGGUAGUAGGUGCCAGGCGUACCGGUUUGAGUGUGAACUGCAGCGCUGCUGGGUUUUUCACACUCAACAAUUUCCCGGGUGUAUCAAGAAUGGUCCACCAUCCAAAAGGACAUCCAGCCAACUUGAUAACUGUGGGAACCGUUGGGGUCAACAUGGGCCAGCAUUCUUGUGGAACGCUUUCGACACUUUGUAGAGUCCAUGCCCAGACGAAUUUAGGCUGUUCUGAGGGCAAAAGGUGCAAAUCAAUAUUAGGAAGGUAUUCCUAAUGUUUGUACACUCUGUAUUCCCUGAUACAAUGAGUCAACUCACUCUCUUACAUUCUCCACACAAAUGUAUGGCUCUGGUUUGAGUGUACAGAAUAUUUAACUCUAUCUCUCUCUCUCAAUCUGUCUGGUUGUCUCACUCUCUGAUAGAGAUGGAUGGACAUUGAAUUGUGUCUUUAUAUGUAAAUGAUUAUUUAUUUCUCUCUCUCGCUCUCUGGCAGACUGAGCGAGCUGAGUGGCACCAGUUCCAGUGUGAUCUGCAGGUGGCGGUGUCUGUGGCCGACCGGCUGCGCAUUGAAGCGGAGGAGACUAUGGGCACGCUCAGAGAGAGCCACGGGGACGUGGAGGGCCAGCUGGACCAGGCCCACUGCAGACAGCAGGACACAGACCGGGAACUGGAGAGCUUGAGAGCUGAACACAGAGAGGCCUGUCACAGACUGUCUGCUCUCACCCUGGAGCACCAACAUACCAGGGCUGAGCUGGACACACUCAGACACAUGCAGACAGAGAGAGGGAAGGACUCACACAGUCACAGAGAGAUGGAGGGAAGAGACACGGAGGAGAGGCCGGCUGGUGAAGACACUGGUGAAGACAUAAACGCGGUGGAGGCGCUGGAUGGGAAACAAAGAGAGGAUUCAGAAAGAGAAGUGGAAGGAGAGAAAAUAAUAAAUAGUGAGGGAGUGGAUGUUAAGAUGGGAGGGAAGUCUCCUGAGGAGCUUGUUAGAGGAGGGGAGAACCUGCUCAAAGGGAAGGGGGUAGCAGAGACGUACCUACGGAAUUUGGUAGCAGCUGGAGAGAAGGGGUGCGGCUUAAGAGAUCCACGGAGGAUCGUGAUGAUGUCAGAGCGUUCCAGGUGAGAGCCUCGUCAUGCCUGUAUGAUGCACUAACACAUUGGUCACCAACCGGUCGAUCGCCAAGGCCUUCCCAGUUGAUCACCAAACAUUUCUGUAAAAAACCCAACGAUAAAGCCUUGCGUUCCUAUUUUUUAACAUUUGUUUUGCACUGUUGGUGGUAGAUGCGCUUGAUUCAGCAGCCCUAGCACCGGGAACGCAAAGUGUUCCCAUUUUGAACCAUUUAAUGUGUCUGAAGGUAGAACUCUGCCUACCUGGCAGGCCCAGAGAGCAAAAAAAGUGCACUUAUAGUCCUACUGCUGGCCAAUCAGAUAGCUCAGAUCACUGUGUCUGCAUUGUUUCCUUGCGCCAUAGACUGUAAAAAGAAGCCUUGAACACACAGCAAAGUUGAUAAUGUAAAAUUUCCAAACUUUUAAAACCAUGACUAGAGACUCAAAAACAGCAGCUCUAUGCUGUAUUCGUUAUGAGUAAGUUCAUGUUUAAGUUGUUAUUCAGCACUGUCAACACUUUGUUUAGAGGGAGAGAGGAGGGAUGGUGAGUCAGAAUGACCAGGAGAUGCAGGCCAUCAGUCCAGUAAAUAAAAUAAAAAAGCUAAUUGUUAUGGUCACUCAGCUGUGUCUCACAAGUAAUACAACAAAUUUUCUUUACCACUACCAGUGUGAUGAUAUACCUAACAUUUUGAAAUAUAAUUUCAAAAUGGUCUGAGAAAAACAACAUUGGCAGGGCAAUUCAAGCAUAGCCAGUAUGCAGUGAUAAUGUAUUGGGCCUAUAGCUUACUGCACAAAUGUCAUUGCUACAGAACUGUUUUUAAUUGGUUACAUUUUUUAAGUAAUGUAUUUUUUAUCUGAGUGGUAGAUCAACUUUUGACUCAGAAAAUGAUCUUGACUCAGAAAAGGUUGGUGACCACUGCACUAGCACUUUGGGGGUUUAGCAUCUGUUUGUUGUUAUCUGAAGCAUUUCACUUUGACACAAGUAUUAUUUUUGAAAGCAGUCUAUGAUAUUUGAUGAAAGCUAGCCUGUGUCUCUGUAGGAGCAACAGUUGAUAUAUAGACACAAGAGUCCUACAUUUAUCUGUUGCAACUAAAUCCUAUCUUAUCUGUUCCAGGAGCCUCUCUCGACUUCCCCUGCCCACUGACUCUCUCCCUGCACAGAAUGGUAGCUCCCAGACCACCACUAGUACAACACUGCCUCUAUGCAAGGUAACGCUUAUAUUCAACCAACAAGUUGUUUUUGGGAGUAUCCCAUCUCAUUGCAAUGGUUUCAAAUGUCACAUGCGCCGAAUACAACAGGUGUAGACUUUACCAUGAAAUGCUUGCUUACGAGCCCUUUCCAAUGACACAGGGUAAUAUAAAAUAAAAAUAAAAUAAAUAAAUUAGUAACACGAGGAAUAAAAAUACACAAGAAUGGAGCUACAGUGAGGGGAAAAAAAGUAUUUGAUCCCCUGCUGAUUUUGUAUGUUUGCCCACUGACAAAGAAAUGAUCAGUCUAUAAUUUUAAUGGUAGGUUUAUUUGAACAGUGAGAGACAGAAUAACAAAACAAAAAUCCAGAAAAACGCAUGUCAAAAAUGUUAUGAAUUGAUUUGCAUUUUAAUGAGGGAAAUAAGUAUUUGACCCCUCUGCAAAACAUGACUUAGUACUCGGUGGCAAAACCCUUGUUGGCAAUCACAGAGGUCAGACGUUUCUUGUAGUUGGCCACCAGGUUUGCACACAUCUCAGGAGGAAUUUUGUCCCACUCCUCUUUGCAGAUCUUCUCCAAGUCAUUAAAGUUUCGAGACUGACGUUUGGCAACUCAAACCUUCAGCUCCCUCCACAGAUUUUCUAUGGGAUUAAGGUCUGGAGACUGGCCAGGCCACUCCAGGACAUUAAUGUGCUUCUUCUUGAGCCACUCCUUUGUUGCCUUGGCCGUGUGUUUUGGGUCAUUGUCAUGCUGGAAUACCCAUCCACAACCCAUUUUCAAUGCCCUGGCUGAUGGAAGGAGGUUCUCACCCAAGAUUUGACGGUACAUGGCCCCGUCCAUCGUCACUUUGAUGCGGUGAAGUUGUCCUGUCCCCUUAGCAGAAAAACACCCCCAAAGCAUAAUGUUUCCACCUCCAUGUUUGACGGUGGGGAUGGUGUUCUUGGGGUCAAAGGCAGCAUUCCUCCUCCUCCAAACACGGCGAGUUGAGUUGAUGCCAAAGAGCUCCAUUUUGGUCUCAUCUGACCACAACACUUUCACCCAGUUCUCCUCUAAAUCAUUCAGAUGUUAAUUGGCAAACUUCAAACGGGCAAAUAUAUGUGCUUUCUUGAGCAGGGGGACCUUGCGAGCGCUGCAGGAUUUCAGUCCUUCACGGCGUAGUGUGUUACCAAUUGUUUUCUUGGUGACUAUGGUCCCAGCUGCCUUGAGAUCAUUAACAAGAUCCUCCCGUGUAGUUCUGGGCUGAUUCCUCACCGUUCUCAUGAUCAUUGCAACUCCACGAGGUGAGAUCUUGCAUGGAGCCCCAGGCCGAGGAGAUUGACAGUUCUUUUGUGUCACCUUACAUUUACAUUUUAGUCACUUAGCAGAUGCUCUUAUCUCACCAAGCUGCUUGGCGAUGGUCUUGUAGCCCAUUGAUGUUUCUACAACUUGAUUGGAGUCCACCUGUGGUAAAUUCAAUUGAUUGGACAUUAUUUGGAAAGGCACACACCUGUCUAUAUACGGUCCCACAGUUGACCGUGCAUGUCAGAGCAAAAACCAAGCCAUGAGGUCGAAGGAAUUGUCCGUAGAGCUCCAAGACAGGAUUGUGUCAAGGCACAGAUCUGGGGAAGGGUACCAAAACAUUUCUGCAGCAUUGAAGGUCCCCAAGAACACAGUGGCCUCUAUCAUUCUUAAAUGGAAGAAAUUUGGAACCACCAAUACUCUUCCUAGAGCUUGCCGCCCGGCCAAACUCAGCAAUCGGGGGAGAAGGGCCUUGGUCAGGGAGGUGAACAAGAAUCCAAUGGUCACUCUGACAGAGCUCCAGAAUUCAUCUGUGGAGAUGGGAGAUCCUUCCAGAAGGAUAACCAUCUCUGCAGCACUCCACCAAUCAGGCCUUUAUGGUAGAGUGGCCAGAUGGAAGCCACUCCUCAGUAAAAGGCACAUGACAGCCUUCUUGGAGUUUGCCAAAAGGCACCUAAAGGACUCUCAGACCAUGAGAAACAAGAUUCUCUGGUCUGAUGAAACCGAGAUUGAACUCUUUGGUUUUUCAGAGGCAGGUACUGGGAGACUAGUCAGGAUCAAGGGAAAGAUGAACGGAACAAAGUACAGAGAGAUCCUUGAUGAAAACCUGCUGCUCCAGAGUGCUCAGGACCUCAGACUGGGGCAAAGGUUCCCCUUCCAACAGGACAACGAGCCUAAGCACACAGCCAAGACAAUGCAGGAGUGGCUUCGGGACAAGUCUCUGAAUGUCCUUGAGUGGGUGUUAUGAUGAGUUUCUUGUAUCGAGAGGUUCAGUAUGUAAGAGAAUAUGGGACACAGAUGGAGAGUUUACAUUAUUUAAUGGUUACAAUGACAGGCGGUACGGACGUAGCCUCCUGCCAUCUGAAUGACUUCCAAACAAAAUCUCUGUUUAUAUAAUGCUCUCCCGAUCUACUUGUGUCACCCUAGCCAGGCCAUUACCUCACGUACACCUUCUAUGAUUAUCACAAGUGGCCCCCAAUCUAUCUUGGCACGCAGACCUUCUGUCCCUCACCAGUGACCUCUAUAACACAUGGCGUGUCCUUGUCCUCUGUCCAACCAUGCAUCUUAUGAGUUUUACAUACAUUAAUGAAUCUUGUAUCACUUUUUACAUUUUAGUCAUUUCAGCAGACGCUCUUAUCCAGAGCGACUUACAGUUAGUGAGUGCAUACAUUUCUAUUUUUAUUUUUUUCAUACUGGCCCCCCGUGGGAAUCGAACCCACAACCCUGGCGUUGCAAACGCCAUGCUCUACCAACUGAGCUACAUCCCUGCCGGCCAUUCCCUCCCCUACCCUGGACGACGCUGGGCCAAUUGUGCGCUGCCCAAUGGUUCUCCCGGUCGCGACCAAAACUUGACAUGUUGCGUUUAAUAUUUUUUGUUCAGUGUAUGUAUGAGUGUGUUUUAUAUAGUGCUUAUACAGUAUAUAGUCUUAGCCUGGACUAAUUCAAGGGUCAUUUUCUGACCCAUUUGGAAACAGUCAUGCAUACUAUAGCCACUACUGAAUGUCCUGCCUGUCUCCUCUCUCUAUCUCCUACCAGAAAGAAGAGCCAGCCAAAGGGAGAAGGAUGGACCGCAUACUGCAAACACAGGACACCUGGUCCAGCUUCUAUACAAGUGUGUUCAUUUCAUUCACACAUACAUAUACUUUGAGUUCAAAGACCACUGUUUGCUUUUGAAUGUGUAUAGUGCAUUUUGCUAUAUAUGUAAAGUUACUAUGCUCUUGACUAAUUGCUAACGUCUGGCAGAAAAACAGGAGGACGACCAGAACGCAGACCCACUGUCCUCGUUCAGGUGAGUGGACGGGCCCUCUAGAGAUACUUAAGAAAUAUGCCCAAAUAAAGCCUUCUAUCUACCUAGCUAUAACUUUUGUCCGUUAUCCACCUUCCAGACCUCAGGAUGGUUUCAGCAUGCUGCUACGACGUCAUGGAGGCUCCAGGCGGAACUCACUCCUGCGCUGGUGUCAAAGCCGCACCCAGGGCUACAAGGUCAGAAGUGGCAAAGAAAAGUACCAUUCACAUUUACCAAACCAUUGGUCACCUUAUCUCACCAAUACAAGUCAACCCUCUAUUUUUGAUUUUUGUAAUAGAAUAUUGAGAUCACCAACUUCAGCAGCAGCUGGGAGGACGGUCUGGCUUUUUGUGCUGUGUACCACACCUACCUACCCACACACAUCCCAUACAGCAGUCUCAGCCCAGGAGACAAGGUAAGAGAAAUGCAUUCACAUAUGACUCCAUAGUUCACACAACAUACAAACUGUUUUAAUGACCUUAUUCACACCUACAUUUUUUGUUAUGUGCAGAGUGAGAACCUGGGCCUAGCCUUCCAGACAGGGGAAAGUGUAGGAAUCACAGCCACACUGGUGAGACACAUUUAAACAUGCCAUGAAAGUUGUUGGGAAAGAAACUGUAAAAUAAAAAAAGAGCUUGACUGUGAGUGGAAUGGUAGAUGUCCUGUCACUGAUGUCUGACUGUUUUUCUGAGUCUGGUCAUGUUAACGCUUCUCAGUUGCCACCUUUUUAAUGUGAGUAGUGUUUGUCCUUGUAGAGCCGAGGGUACAGUUGGGUUGCCAUUAAGCUGGUGUCUUUAACAGUGUUUUAUUUGCUUGAUAGACCGUUGAAGAGAUGCUGAGACCAGGUGGGCCCGACUGGCAGAGGGUCCUGGGGUACGUUGAAAGCAUGUUUCGUCACUUUGAGAUGUGAGGUCAUUUCCCUUCUGGCUUCCCUCCCAAACUCGACAUCUAACUGGUCCGCCACCACCAGUCUGGUUUGUUUUCUUGCAUCAUCAACUGAACUGAGACAGCUGAUUGGCUGAAUUGACUGGCGCACCACUAGGGGGUGUAGGACAACUGUUGGAACUGAAUUGUACUUCAGCCUCACUCGCCGUGCAGACUCCUGCUGCCGGCAAUUGGUUGUAGGUGCACAGUUUUUUUGUUAAAUUUCACGGUGAUUUUGCACUGAAUAUGAGAAGCCAUUGGAAAUGAGAACACAAGGAGCACCAUAGAUGAGGAAAUUGUGAAUGUGACUAUCUGAGGACUACAGUAUAUUCUAGACAAUUUGCACCAGGAAAAAUUAUCAGACUUCAAGUUUAUCACUUUGGGUGCCACUGCUGUUCAAUGUGUUGCACUUAUUCUGAUGCCUUUUAAUUAAGCACUUUAUCAACAAUAUGAAGUCUGUUCCGUCAUCUAAGUUUUUAACUGGAAGAUUUGUUAUGUUAUGGACACUCUCUGCCAUGUAUCACAUUCUUUAUCAGACUUUAUUUGCUUAGAAAUGUUGGGAUAUUUAUGUAGCCAUAAGUAGUAUUCUAAUGUCUAUGAACCCCAACUCAAAGCACAAAGAGGAGCCGGACAACUUGAAUGAGUUCAUUCAGUGGCGCUGCAUCACAGCCAGGAUCAACCAAGAGUGACUGCCUUUGAGGAAAUGUAUAUACAGAACUGUCUAAUUAAGCAAUAAGGCCCGAGGGGGUGUGGUAUAUG